CGGACGUCACGAGCCUCGGCGCUCGCCGUCGAUUGUAAUCGGGUUGGAAAUGGCCGCCUCAAUGUCAGUGCGUCUGAAGCAGGUCGGUCUCCUGCGAGCUCUCCCCCGGUGUUUGCCGAGUUACAGCAGGUCAUUGAGCACUUCGACAUGGCGGCUGGCACAGACUCAAACGCAGAACACGCAACUCAUAACAGUUGAUGAAAAAUUGGAUAUCAGUCCAAUAACCGGGGUUCCAGAAGACCAAGUAAAAACACGGAAAGUGAGGAUUUUUGUUCCAGCACGGAAUGCAAUGCAGUCUGGUACAAACAACACAAAACUGUGGAAAAUGGAAUUUGACACAAGGGAACGCUGGGAAAAUCCUUUAAUGGGUUGGGCAUCAACAGCUGAUCCACUGUCAAAUUCCGUUUUGUCUUUUACCAGUAAGGAGGAUGCGAUUGCCUUUGUGGAAAAGAAUGGUUGGAGAUAUGAGGUGGAGGAAAAGAAAGUAAAGAUGACCAGACCAAAGUCGUAUGGAGCAAACUUCUCUUGGAACAAAAGGACAAGGGUAUCUACCAAAUAAUUGACACCAUCAAAAAUGUAUAUUUGACUAAGAACAAAAUCAACUGUGUUCUAAUAGUUCUUAUAAAUAAUCCCUUAAUAAAUAUAACUUCAACAGCUUA